AUGACCAAGUUCGUGGUGGGCCAGUGGCUGUGCCUGGUCCUGAUCCUGGCCCUUGGCCAGGCGAAGGCGGCGGCCGUCACCCCGGCACCGGAGGUGGAGCAGUCUACGGAGUCGCCCAUCGCCGAUAUGGCGCUGAUUGAGGAUGCGCCCAUGGCGCCCAAGUCGCCCACAGAGAAGCCCCCCGUUGCGGCGGUGGCUAGCAUGGAAAAGGCAGCAGCACCUGUGCCCGUGGCCCCGGUUGCGGCGCCUGGACAGACCCACACGGUGGCCGACUUCAUCAUUCAUCCACUGAUCGCCUUUAAGCCGCGCCAGGCCUCUCUGGAGGAGAUUCAGGGCAAGCAGGCUGCCACGCCGGCUGCCAGCACUCCCGCUGCCCCGAGCACCUGGCUCUUCGGCAUGAAUCCCGCCCAGCAGCUGGGCUCCUCGUUCUCCACCCUGGCCGGCUCCGUCUCCGGCUGGAUCAACGAUCGCCUGGGCCAGCAGCUGCCGAGCUUCGUGGAGACCCCGGUGCAGACCAGCUCGACCACUGCCGCUCCCACCGAGACCAGCACCCAGAAGCCGGACAUUGUGGUGAGGGUGCAGCAGAGGCCAUCGAGGAACGGCAACCGUCGGGGCAACGGAAACGGAAACGGAAACGGCAACUUCAAUGGCAAUGGCAACGGAAACGGAAAUGGAAACGGCAACAGGCGUCGCCAGCGUCCCAACCGCUUCAACAACCGCCUGGACUCGUUCGAGGAUGACUAUUACGAGGACGACUACUUCCAGGGCAACAGGUUCGAUGAGGAGUUCGACGACGACGAGGACGACCUGUCGCUGGAGCACUUCGAGGACGAGGACUCCCUGGAGCUGCGUCCCCAGCAAAAGCCCAAGCGCAAGCAGACCCAGGCCGCGGCCCAGAAGCCCAAGAGGAAGCAGCAGAAGCCCCAACAGCAGGAGCAGGAGCAGGAGCAGGAGGAGGUGGCCCCGGUAGUGACCCACAAGCGUCGCCAGAGCCAGAGCCAGAACAAGAAGACCAAGGCCCAGAAGAAGCCCGUCCAGGUGCCCGAGGACUCCGACGACGAGGAGGAGCUGGAGGAUGACGAGCACGAGGACGAUGAUGACGAGGAAGAGGCGGUGCAGGACGACGACAGCCAGGAGCAGGGCUUCCUGCCCGAGCCGAUCUUCGGCUCCUCCAGCUCGACGCGCCGCUCCCAGAACCAGCCCAACUUUAUCCAGCGCGGCCAGCAGAGCCUGAUCAGCCAGAUCCGGCAGUUCACCCGCGGCCAGACCCCCGCCGAGGUCGGCUCCAAGCUGCGCCGCACCUCCGGCUCCGCCCAGACCCGUCGUCCCCAGCAGGCCACUCUGUUGGUGAACCGCAACGGGCAGACCGUCUACGUUGCCCCCGAGCUCCUGGGCCUGAACCAGGCCCAGCUGAGCUACCCCUACGCCUACCAGGGCCAGCGCCAGCGGAUGCCGGCCGCCGGUGCCUAUCCCCAGCCUCCCCUAACGGUGCCCGUGCGGCGCCAGGGUCGCCCCACCCAGUACAUCACUAUUCCGUGGAGCCAGCUGGGACUCUCGCCGCCGGAUCAGCAGUCGGUGGUCUCCCUGGCCGAGGGCAUCCAGGCCCAGCCCCUGAUCCUUAACAUUCCCCAGAGCGCCAUCCAGCCGGUGAGGGGAUCCGCCUCCGGAUCGGCUGCCCAGCAGCAGAAGAAGAAGAAGCGACCCCAGCUGACGGCCUCCGCUGUGCCCCUGCUGGCCGAUGCCUCCCUUAUGGACAUCUUCCAGCCUCCUCAGAUCCCACCCUCCCGUACAGGAUCCUCUGGCGCGUCCUCAAUCAAGCCCAUCAAUGCUCAGCCCGUCCUGAUCGCCGCCAAGCCGGUGAAGGCCGGCGGUUCGGGAGUCCUGCCCACGCGCAUUCGUCCCGGAACGAUUGUAGAGAAGGCGCCGGCCAUGGAUGCCAUGGAGAAGCCCGCCAUGGAGGCCACCGAGGUCAAGCAGGAGGAGGAGCAGCAGCAGCAGAUAAUGAUGCCGGCCGCUGCCACGGAGCCGGCUGCCCAGAUGGGAGCCACCGAGCAGCAAGAGUUCAUCAUUGUCGGAGACGAUGACGAGCCUGGACUGUCCCGACAUGUCCAGCCCGCCUAUGGCGAUGCCCGCUAUGUGUCCUAUGGCGAUUUCCAUCCCUACUUCGAUCUGCUGACCCAGAACAGGCGAUUCGCCCUUAGGAAGAGCGGACGAUCGCUGGAAAGUCCCGAGGAGCAGCCAUCGGGCAAGGCCCUGACCACUUUCCAGAAGAUUCCGAUGGAGGAGCCCCAGAAGGAGGAGAUCAACAUGGAAGAGAUCAAGAUGGAGGAAAUGAAGAAGGAGGAUCCACAGAUGGAGGAGAUCAAGAAGGAGGAAGCCCAGAAGGAGGAGAUCAAGCAAGAGGAGAUCAAGAAGGAGGAAAUCAAGAAGGAGGAAGCUCCCAAACAGGAGGAGCCCCAAGUCCCUGCUGUUACAACUCUGUAA